AUGUCACUCGCCAAUCCAUCAGAACAAAGCAUGAACAAGCUAGAUUAUCUAGCCAGUAUGCGCAAAUCCUCGAAUUCCCUUCUGUCCGUGACUCUAUCAUCAAACAGCCCGAUAGAUUCUACAUUGCCUGGCUGGAGCCCCUUAUCCACAGAAUACAACAGCAGCUCGUCUAUCCCCCAUGGUCUCCGGAGACACGGCGGCAGAUUUUGGGCCAGCUGUGAGAAGGCGCCGGAAAGAAAUAUCGUCACGCCGCCGCCAGAGCGCAAGCCUGUACAGGUUUUGCUCUCGAUCAGAGGCGACGUUGGGAACUAUGUUCAAGGAGUUCGUAGCCAGCCUUCGCCCCAGGGAAUCGGCCUUCCCCCCGUCAUUGACGGCUCGGUAUCCGUCGCUGACGGAGAUAGCAUCGAAAGGGGAUGGAGCGUCGAUUUCUAUGGCGCGUCUGAUAAUAGAGUAAGAUACGGCCAUGGAGUAGGAUGGAAGGAUCAAGAGGACGAGGUCAUGACAGAAGGUUGGCCGCGGAAGUAUGUAUGCUGCAUUUGUUCCUUGAAAUGGAAAGCUACGCCCAUACCCGACACUCUGUUCCUUGAGCAGGACAGGAAAGCCCUGCGAAUACCCAGUCCGCUGGAUACCCAAAAGGAUCCGGGGUUCACUCGACCGCAAGCGUCUGAGUUAUACUACUAUCUUGCUCAUAAAACCACUCCGGCCGACUUUUGCACCCAUCUGACCUCUUCGAGCAUCCAGAGUCACAAGUCUUUCCUAGACCAGCUGUAUGAUCGGAUUAUACAUAGAGAGGCUCUCAGUGCAGCAGAAAGAGAAAUAUCAUAUCGAUUGAUGGUCUUGUUUAACGACCUGGACGCUCGUAUGCAAAGGUCAAUCAGCGAGCCUGCCAGCACGGUUCUACUCCCGGAUCACAUCAGUAGCCCCGCGGUUCCGCGAGAGCAUAUUGAAUGGAUAUCGUACCUAGGUCUACGUGCCUCUGAGACAUACCGCGCCUACUUCUUUGAUGAUAUCUCAGGCCAACACUACUUCCGAGAGUACGAUAUGAGCGACGACGGUACAAUUGCGAGGCCGCGGAUCGUUUCGCACAAUACAGGCCGGCCUGUGAAGACCUCUAGGUUUCUUCUACCCUGA